ACAUGAGAGCCGUAAGUUUAACAGCUGGCAUUGCUGUAUUGGUCUGCUUAGCUCUUGGAGCGAGCAAAGGAUCGGCGUCCCUGAUCGAGGAGGAGUGUGGGAUAGCCAAGCACCCGUCGCGGAUUCGACGGAUUGUGGGAGGCAUGGAUGCUAAGAGGUUCGCCAACCCCUGGAUGGUAUUGAUAAUGGGCGAAAGAAAUAUGUAUGGUGGCGGUUCGCUGAUCACGUCUCGUUUUGUACUGACUUCAGCCAGCUGCCUUACCCUGGAGCCCAAAAAGGUGAGCUUGGGAGAAUACGAUAGAAAUUGCACUUCAGAGGAUUGCCUGUCAGGGCGCCUUGUGAUUGACAUCGAAGAUGAAUUUAUCCAUCCUGACUACAACAUGGGGCGAGUCUCAAAGAAUGACAUAGCGCUGCUUCGAUUGGCCACCAACGUGGCCUUCUCAGAGUACAUCCGGCCGAUCUGUCUGCGUACUGAUCAUCAAGUGGGUCGCAAGGUGCAACAACUUACGGCCACAGGAUGGGGCAGAACUCAAUCAAGUGAAUCCAGUAACAUACUACAGACAGUCCUUCUCACAAAAAUAGAUCUCAAACAUUGCAACACCAGAUUCCACAAGGAGCUCGAUGCAUCCCAGCUAUGUGCUGGCGGUAACUACAAGGACACCUGUAACGGCGACUCCGGAGGUCCUUUAAGUGCGAGAAUACCGUAUAGGAUAAACGGGACAAAGAGUAAGGGAAGUCGCCGGACUUUCCUCCUGGGCAUCGUUAGUUAUGGAUCAUCAUUCUGCAAUGGCCUCGGUGUCUACACGAAUGUGAAUCACUUUGUUAAGUGGAUUGAGGAAACUAUCCGUCUCAGCAAUAUUAAGUCAAUCCAGAAAGGGCAAAACAAAACUGUGUCAAGAUGAGACCCUUCCUUAAUUUAAGUCCGAUUAGAACAGUUCACUUAUUUGUAGGCUAAAAAAAAACUAAAGCAAUACGAUUAAAAUUAUUUUUAAGAAAA